UAUCACCAUGCUUCGGUUUCAUGAUAAUCAAUUAAUCUCAUCGAAUCACGCGAAUCCUUUUUAUACAUAAUUGUAGCUUUUGUACCGUUCGACGUCGUUGAUUGUAACGUAAGAUUUGUGGUGAGAAAAGAAAGAAAAUCGAGAAAUAGGAAAAAGAUGAUAGAAAAACAAAAAAAAAGGAGAGAUGAGAAGAAGAAGAGAUAAUACUUAACAUAUAAAUUACUCUAAGAAUUUAAUUAGGUUUAUAUUUUCAGUCGAAUAAAAAUUAUUUUCAAUCAACUUGCACCGUGUUAAUCUUCUUCCGCGACGAUGCGUUCGUGUCUUGUAUAAUAUAGAGAGAGAAAAGAAAUUACUUGAAAUAACUACUCUUCGUUAUCAUGUUUAUAAUUAUUAAUUAUUAAUUAGCGCAGGUAUAGUAAGCUUUACGUGUGUUCUCUCUCUUUCAGUAAUUUGUUACGCAUUGUUACAGUUAAACGUCGAUUAUCCGGCACGAUUAGGUCUGUGUUAUCAUCACAAUAAUAAUAACAAAUAAUAAUAACAACAACAACAACAACAACCUAUGUAACGUCACAAGAAACAUCUUAGACAUAUUUAAUGCAUGAAUACUAAUAAUAAACGUAUGCAUUUAUAUCAACGUUUCAUCAUUUCUAAACUUUAUCGCGAAUCCGAUCAUGUUUUUCAUUCGAAUCGAGAUAAUCGACUGUUUCUGUACUUUGAAUAUAAUUUCAGGUUAAAAUUUCACUUAUUCAUUUUUUUUUUUUUUUUUUUUCGAAUAAUUACAAUGUAUUCAUUUUAAAUAAUACUGUAAUGUAACGCGUUUAUUAAUUUCUUUUUUAUUUUUACUUUCUUUUACAUUCUUCAUCGGAAUGUGUGAUAGAACAUUUUCAAGUUAUUUAAUAUUUUAAUUUCUUUUUUCUUUAUUGAACACUGACCUACAUUAACGUCGUUCGAUUGCGCGCGCGCGCGUCUGUAUUUGUUACAUUUGUACGGGCGUACUGAUUACUCUUAUAAAGCCAUUUAAUCAUCCUUCGCUUAUUAAUAGUCAUUACAAGAGACCAUGGAUCUAAAUAAUUGUAAUAAUUCUCUUGAUUAUAUCAAAAAGAGCGGAUAAGUAUUUACAAAUCCCAAUAAUAGCGACUUUUCAGGUAUAUAUAUAUACAUAUAUAUAUAUAUAUACAUACACACAUAUAUACGUCUAAUGCUUAUUUACCUGAUAUUGAUAUUUUCUUUAAUCAUUAAUACAUCGUUUAUAACCUAACAAAAGUUCCGAAAGAACGAUAUUUCCUUCCUAUUUUGAUUAAACGUGAUUAAUGAUUUGAAAGGGUCAAUCAACACUUGUGCGUUCUUUCAACCCGAUCAAUAAGAGAUUAUCAUAGAAAUAGAUCAUCGUCUAUCCUUUUAAUAGGCGUGAAUCUGAUUCGGCGUAUCAUAUCCGAUAGAUGGCGUAUCGCUGGAAAUUGUUGGUAAGCUAGAAAGAUAUAAAAUCUACGUAUAGAUGGCAGCACUGGAUGAACGAUAAAAAGCACACAUUAUUUGGCAGGUAUCUCGUCCGAAAAAUCGAUAUGAAUCUAAUAAGGAGACAAAGAAAAAGAAAAAUAAACGAUUUAUGGUAUUUGUUCUGUUAUAACAAGUCAAAAUGUCAUUAGAUCUUCGAAUCGUUAGAAAUUUAUUUUUCAUUAAAAAUUGAAUAAUCUUUUGUUUUCAUAAAGGUUAACAAAGGUUUGAAGGGAAGUCAUGAUCGGUUUUGGUGAAGUCGCUCUUGUAUACCAUCAUCGUUGGAAAAAUACAAAACGAUAGUUUAACGUCAAUGACACGUAUGUGGUUGUAAUAAAAAAAUCUACUACACGUUCCUCCAUAUUGCACGCAAGUUCGGUCAAGAUGCCAGAACAAAAUUCGAGCGACCAAUAUUCAACGUUGGUUGGUCUGAUAUAUAUCUUUAAUCUUAUCGUGGGAACAGGAGCUUUGACUCUUCCAGCUGUUUUCAGCAAAGCAGGAUGGGCUCUUGGUUUCAGUGUAAUUUUGAUAUUAGCUUUUAUAAGCUUUAUGACGGUUACCUUUGUUAUCGAAGUAAUGGCAUCUGCCAAUGCAAUAGUUACAUGGAGGCAAAUUCAACAUCGAAAACGUGCAAUGCAAACAUUGGGUGAAUCUUGCCCUUCCAAUUCUGAUUCAGAAGAUACACCAUUAGUUACUGCUUAUACAGCCAGUCCAGAUCGAUUGGAUACAACUUAUCGGUAUUACAUAAUUCAUGAUAAGAUAGAGAUGGGACAAAUAGCAUCAAUUUUUUUCAAUAAGUUCGGCACCACCUUAUUUUAUUUGUGUCUUGCUAUUUAUUUAUAUGGCGAUUUAAGUAUUUAUGGUGCAGCUGUAGCUAAGUCAAUAGCAGAUGUUGCUUGUACUUAUCAACCAAAGAACUUAACGUGUAACGAUACUAUACCAGAUAAUGAAGUUUGUUGGGAAGGUUCUGCUUUGGAUCGAUUGGAUGCAUAUAGGAUGUUUCUUACUACUUUUAUCUUUAUGCUAGGACCUUUCGUAUUUUUCAAUGUACAAAAGACCAAGUAUCUUCAGUUAUUAACUUCGGCAAUGAGAUGGCUCGCAUUUACUAUCAUGAUCGUUUAUGCAGUAAGAAAACUUGCUAUCGACGGCCCAAAAGGCAAUCCACCGGUUGCAAAUAUAUUAGGAAUUCCUAGUCUCUUCGGUGCUUGCGUAUAUUCGUUUAUGUGUCAUCACUCUUUGCCUGCGUUGGUUGCUCCGAUUGCAAAUAAAUCUACGCUUAAUCGGUCUCUUGCAUUGGAUUACGUAUUAAUAGCAUCUUUUUAUCUUUUACUUGCGCUGACCGGGGCGUUCGCUUUCGAGCAUCUCGAUGAUCUUUAUACUUUGGAUUUCGGGCCACGCGGAUCAGGAGAUUGUUCUAAAAGCACAAACAUCUUUAUGCUUAUCAUCGAAUAUUUUUUGGCACUUUUUCCAGUAUUCACUCUGAGUACAAGCUUCCCCAUAAUAGCUAUUACGCUCAGAAAUAAUUUACAGUCUUUGUUUUUAUACGAUGAUACGUCUUAUAAUUUUUGUCUUCGAAAAUUGAUCUUCCCUAUUUUAGCGAUACUGCCGCCUUAUUUAAUCGCUAUGAGCACCAAAGAUCUCUCUAAAUUAGUUGGCAUUACAGGAUCGUAUGCUGGCACUUGCAUUCAAUAUUUAAUUCCUACUUUCUUGGUUUAUUAUGCUAGAAAAAAGACAAAUAAAAUCAUUGGCCUUGGUGUCACUAACAAAUUUGCCAGUCCCUUUUCAAGCAAUUUCUGGCUUAUCUUUGUAACAGUAUGGGCAAUCGCGUCUAUGUUUUUAGUAUCAGUUAAUUUCAUACAAAUUUAUUUUCAAGCAGCAUGGCUAAAUCAGUAGCACCUAAAUUCUCCAUAUAGAUUGUGCAUAUAGAUCUCUAAGAUCAAGAUGUAUGAUAAAUUAUUAAGAUUUUCGAGUAUACUGUUCGUGUACGUGAAAAAAGUGAAAACAUGUUGUUUCUGUAUCAUGAUAUUUCAUGGCGUAGGUUCCUGAUACAGGAACUGUACUAAAAAUUAAUGAUACAUAACUAUUAAUUUAAGGAAAAUAUCAGUAUAUGAUGGUGUUGUUAGAGAGGAUGGAUUAUUGUACUAAAUCAAAGCAAAUAAGAGUUAAUUUUGAUUAGUUUCAAACUAGUUAAGAAAAAGUUCUGCUUUUCUUAAUGCGAGUGAAUGAAUAGUUUAUGGCACAGAGCGGGUUCGCAUGUGUUGCAAAAAAAUGACAAUACUUUGGCACAAGUCAAGAUUGACAUUGUACAAGCCAAAUUGAUAAGUGUAAAAAUUGAAAUUUUUUUCUACAAUAUAUCAAUUAACUUUAAUCGCUGUAAUGUAGCAUGUAUUUAAAUGUUGAUGUCUAUUCUAUGUAAAGAAGUCUUUCAAAUAAGUGAUAAUUAAAUGACAAAGAUUUAUAGUACGGGCGGUAUCAAAAUAUGGAUAAAAUUUAAAGAGAAAGUAAUUAUUAAAUUUGUUUAACAUUCAGAGAUUCUAUUAUAACUCAUUGUAGUCUUUAUUUAUGUCUCUUUCAAUAUAUACAUUUCACUUUUGCAAAUUUGUAUCAGAUGUUUCACUGAUUAUAACAGUGUUAAAGGCCAAGAGUGAGCAAGUAAAUGGAGUUAAUCGUUAAUGUAUUAUAAUUUAGUUAUACAAUGGUAUAUUAUUAUAUAUAAGUCUUAAGAUAAUAGUACAGAAAUAUUUUUAUAUAAGUGUAAAACUGCCAAAAAAAGUACAGAUAGUAUGUUUGAAAUACUUUGUACCUGUACAAAUGUAGCGUACAAUAAACAAAAAAUGCAUAUAUAUUUUCGAAAAAGCAAUGCAAACGAAAAUAAAUAUAUAAUUGAUUGUACAAGUUUAUUUAGAUUUAUUUAUAUGCAUAUAUACAUAUAUCACUAUCUUAUAUAUUUAUAUUAUUUUAUAGUUCGUAUUAUAAUAGACUCGAGUGUGACAGACUUUUAACACAGAUAGAAUUCUCUUUAAAAUUCCAACAACACAAGGUAGCACAGUUAAAGCACGUAACCGUUCAAUUCAGAAAUCUUAUAAAUUGGUUUUAAUUGCAUUGAAAACAUAUAGAAUAACCAAAGUGCAAGAUUUCUGCGAACGGCCGAACAUUCGCGCACAUUUAUCACAAUGUAACAUUUUACAAAAACGCACAAUAUUUUACAAUCACACAGGACAGAAAAAAGAUAUAUAUACGUCAUAUUGAGAUAAUAUAAAAUAUUACGAAUAAAUAUGUAUAGAUAAUUCACAGCCUGUGAGGCAUGAACAGAUUUCUUAUAUAACACGAGAACGCAGAUAU